CUGCGCAAGUGAAAUAUCACAUGGAAACAUGGAAUCAGCUUUCAUGACAACAGACUAAAAAAUAAGUAAACAAAAGAAUUAGUAUAAAAUAUUUACAUUUUAUUAUUAACAUUAAGUAUUAUUAAUUAUAAAUAUUUGUUAAUAAAUCAAGUGACAAUGUCAAUCACAAAAGAAUCAAAAACAAAUUUAUUAAUUAGAGACAAGAUGAAUGAAACAAUAUCACCAGAAACUAUUGAUAAUGUUGAUGAUUCUGAUCAAGCUGAUCAACAAAGCUCACCUGAAACUGGUUAUCAAAUGCGCCCACAAUUAUCAGAAAAAUUUAAACCACAAGUUGUUAAAGAACUUAUUCACAAUGUUCUCUUUGAUCAAUUAUCAACAAAAAAAUAUAAUAUUGAAGAAGUCAACAUAUGGAUCAAGAUGAUUGCUGAUACAAUUAGAAAUAAAGUUAAAGAGCUUAAUUAUAAACAAUAUAAAUUUAUAGUUAAUGUUGUUAUUGGUGAGCAAAGAGGAGCUGGUGUUAAAAUGGGCAAUCGUUGUCUUUGGGAUGCUGAAGCAGACAGUUAUGCUCAUGGAAAUUAUUCAAACGAAACAAUGUUUUGUGUAGCCUGUGUCUAUGCUGUUUUUUUUUACUAAAAAAAAAUAUAUUUAAUUAAUUUUAAUAUUUAU